UGGCGGCGCUUAAGUGCGGGAGGAAGGGCGGGCCCAGGCUCACUCGCUCGUGGCGCCGCGCGGAGAUGGCGGCUCGCAACUGAGGCCCCGCGCCGCGUGCUUCCAUCCGGGUCCCUGAGAGAGGGCCUUCUCGCCCGUUGUCGUCCUCCUCGUCGUCUUCGUGGUCCCCUUCGUCCUCCUCCUCCUUCCGACCACCAUGAGCUACGGGCGCCCGCCGCCGGACGUGGAGGGCAUGACCUCGCUGAAGGUGGACAACCUGACCUACCGCACCUCGCCGGACACGCUCCGCCGCGUCUUCGAGAAGUACGGCCGCGUGGGCGACGUCUACAUCCCCCGCGACCGCUACACCAAGGAGAGCCGCGGCUUCGCCUUCGUCCGCUUCCACGACAAGCGCGACGCCGAGGACGCCAUGGACGCCAUGGACGGGGCCGUGCUCGACGGCAGGGAGCUCCGCGUCCAGAUGGCGCGCUACGGGCGGCCCCCCGACUCCCACCACAGCCGCCGCGGGCCCCCGCCUCGCCGAUACGGCAGCGGAGGAGGAUACGGGCGGCGCAGCAGGAGCCCCAGGAGGCGCCGUCGCAGCCGAUCCCGGAGCAGAAGCCGGUCCCGCUCCCGGAGCCGAUCUCGCUACAGCCGCUCCAAGUCCCGCUCCCGCACCCGGUCGCGCUCUCGCUCCACUUCCAAGUCGCGCUCGGCCCGAAGGUCAAAGUCCAAGUCCUCCUCCCCAUCUAGAUCUCGCUCCCGGUCCAGGUCCCGCUCCCGGUCGAGAAGCCCACCACCGGUCUCCAAGAGGGAGUCCAAGUCGCGCUCCCGCUCCAAGAGCCCGCCCAAGUCUCCCGAAGAGGAAGGAGCUGUGUCCUCUUAAGGCAAUGAUACAUCAAAUAGACGAGAAGUCGACAUAAAGGAUGCCUUUGGAGGAGAGCCGAUCAUUUGAAUCGCCGGUCCAUUGGAAAGACCCCAGCACAAGCAACCAGCUAUUGAAAAAGGUUAUUUUGUAACACUUUGUCUAAGUUUUUAUUUUACUUUUUGAGCCUCAGAUGGCAGACUAUUACUUUUAUGUGCCAUUUUGUUGCUAUUAUUCAAAUUUCUUGUAAUUUAGUGAUGUGAUCGACUACAGAUUUCAUUAUUGGCUUGGAUAUUUGAGGUAAAACUUCAUUUUUGUUCAUAUAGUGCUGACUUGUUUGCUAAUAAAACUGGUGACUUGCUGCCUUGAGGUUCAAUCUGCAGCUUUAGUAUGCUGAAUAGCUUAAUGCUGUCCAAAUACUCAAAUUCCGCCUUUCUUCUCCAAUUCUGACAUUUUAAAUUCCAAUGCGUUUGCAAAUAUUUCAGGUGAAAUAGUAUCGAGUCAAAACAGUAGACUUUGCAGCUGACAGAUUAUUUUGAAAGAUUUGUUUUUAUAAGACAAAAUUCUAAUCUCUUCUCUUAUGUAUUUUUGUGCACUAGGCGCAGUUGUGUAGCAGUUGAGUAAUGCUGGUUAGCUGUUAAGGUGGCGUGUUGCAGUGCAGAGUGCUUGGCUGUUUCCUGUUUUCUCCUGAUUGCUCCUGUAACGAUGCCUUGUGCAGAAACAAAUGGCUGUCCCGUUAAUUAUAAUUGCCUGACAACUGCACUUCCAGUCACCCGGGCCUUGCAUAAAAAUAAUGGAGCAUACAGUGAGCACAUCUAGCUGGUGAUAUACACACCUUAUUUUUCCAGAAUGGUAAAUUUAGACCAUCUACAUAUGUGAACUUGCAUAUAAAAAUGUAAUGUUAAAGCAGUUAAUUCAUUCCUCUUAAGUAUCAAUUUGGAGUAUCUCUUAAAACGUUCUGUACUAUAACCACUGUCUGUAGUUCAAUAAAACACUUUCUUGGUGUUCAGUUUUUUGAAAUCAAA